UUCAUUACUGAUCUGUUCUUCUAGCAGAAGGAAGUCGUUGUCUGCGGUAAAUGUAGUUUUUUGUUCUAGUUUUUAAUGCUCCGUUAAUCACAGACAUUACGUGAAUAAUCGUUAUUGGUUUCUUAAAGGCAAUCUACAAUUGUAGCCGAUAAAUAAGAUGCUUUGUAUCGUUCGUUAAUCUCUGGGAUGCCAAACAGAAGAUAACACCUUUCAGUCUACUUUCCUCUUAAACAGACGUCUACUAGGAGUUUACACAGGAAAGCACAAGAAAUGGAUGAGUAUACCAAAAUUGAAAAAAUUGGGGAAGGUACCUAUGGUGUUGUAUAUAAAGGUCGUCAUAAAGCCACUGGUCAAGUAGUGGCAAUGAAGAAAAUUCGGUUAGAAAAUGAAGAGGAGGGUGUACCUAGUACAGCAAUCAGAGAAAUUUCUCUUUUAAAAGAACUUCAGCAUCCAAAUAUUGUGUGCUUAUUGGAUGUACUAAUGCAAGACUCUCGGCUGUACCUUAUAUUUGAAUUUCUUUCCAUGGACUUGAAGAAAUACUUGGAUUCCAUUCCAAGCGGGCAAUAUAUAGAUGCAAUGCUUGUUAAGAGUUACUUGUAUCAGAUUCUACAAGGCAUUGUAUUUUGCCAUGCAAGACGUGUAUUGCACAGGGACUUGAAGCCUCAGAAUUUAUUAAUAGACAGCAAAGGAGUUAUCAAGUUGGCUGACUUUGGUUUGGCUAGAGCUUUUGGGAUCCCUGUUAGAGUGUAUACACAUGAGGUGGUGACUUUAUGGUACAGAGCACCUGAAGUUCUACUAGGAGCUGUACGAUAUUCCACGCCAGUUGAUGUGUGGAGCAUUGGAACUAUAUUUGCAGAGAUUGCCACAAAGAAGCCUCUCUUUCAUGGAGACUCUGAAAUUGACCAGCUCUUCAGAAUAUUUAGAGCCCUGGGUACACCGAACAAUGAAGUCUGGCCAGAGGUAGAAUCUUUGCAAGACUAUAAAAACACUUUCCCAAAAUGGAAAGGUGGCAGCUUGUCGUCCUGUGUCAAAAACAUUGAUGAAGAUGGACUUGAUUUGCUUUCUAAAAUGCUAAUCUAUGAUCCAGCUAAGAGGAUUUCUGCCAGGCAAGCCUUGCUUCACCCUUACUUUGAUGACUUGGAUAAGUCGAGCCUUCCUGCCAAUCAAAUCCGAAACUAAUUUCAACUCUUGACUCUUCCUGACAUUUGUAUAGAAACAGAUGUGCAUCACCACUUUAUUUUUUAUGUUUGUCCAUUAUGUCUAUAUAUUUGUUUUUUGUGUCUGCUACGAAACUUGAGUUACAGUACUUAAAUGUAAGCACCAUUUCUUGAAAAAAAAUUGUAAAUAUUAUAAUAGUGCAGUGUACAAAUGAAGUGAAAAUUGUCUAUACUUUUCAUUUGCAAUAAAGCUUUAUAUAAUCUAA